ACCUUGGGGGCAAGAAAAUCCAUAUCAAGCCAUAAUCAAUGAAGAAGGGUAAGUUUGACUUUUCAUUACAGUAACCCCACAAAACCAAAGGGUAGACACGCAGAAACUCAACACCCCACCUAGCUUUUCUCUUUUAUCAAAAUCACGUGUAGUUAAAUCUAGAAUUCGAAAUUAAAUACAUUGAUUUUUUCCAAAUUAAAUCCCGAAUGAGCAUAAAGCAAGCAUGAAUGAAAGAAUAAGAAACCUUAAACUAGGUUAUUAAUUAGUAUAAUCUGAAUAAUGAAUGAAUUAAUUAACGUAAAUGAAUGAAGGGGAGAGAGAGAGAGAGAAAGAUGAUGUUAUGUGUAGGAAGCAGAAGUAGUUGUUGGUAGUUCCAGCUCAGGCGCUUAGGUCGGAUCUAUAUCCAUCUCUCACACACAAUAAACAAGUUCCAAGACCUUUCUUCUUUCUUACUACACACCUCUCUUUCUUUCAUGUGAGUGAUUAAUGGGGAAUGUGACGGGCACUGUGGCGGCUAAAUUUGCCUUCUUCCCGCCAGAGCCCCCCACUUACGACGUCUACAGGGACGACGACGGCACCGUGGUGUUCUCCGGUCUCACCGCUGACAAGAACGUCGACGUCCACUUGCUCGACACCAAGGCCGGCAACAAGAUAGUCGCUACCUUCUGGAAACAUCCAUUCGCCAGGUUCACCUUCCUCUACUCCCAUGGCAAUGCCGCUGACUUGGGCCAGAUGCACGACCUUUUCAUUGAGCUCAGAGCUCACCUCCGUGUCAAUAUCAUGAGUUAUGACUAUUCCGGUUAUGGAGCAUCUACAGGUAAGCCAUCUGAGUUCAACACAUAUUACGACAUAGAAGCUGUAUAUAGUUGUUUGAAGAACGAGUAUGGGAUUAAGCAAGAAGAGUUGAUUCUGUACGGUCAAUCUGUGGGGAGUGGACCCACACUGCACUUGGCUUCAAAGCUACACAAGUUGAGAGGUGUUGUCCUUCACAGUGCCAUUCUAUCUGGGAUAAGGGUCCUCUACCCUGUCAAAAUGACAUUUUGGUUUGACAUUUUCAAAAAUAUAGACAAAAUACGGCAUGUCAAUUGUCCAGUGUUUGUUAUACAUGGAACGAAUGACGACAUUGUUGAUUGGUCUCAUGGAAAAAGGUUGUGGGAACUGUCCAAGGAAAAAUAUGACCCCUUAUGGGUUAAGGGUGGAGGCCAUUGCAACCUUGAGACAUUUCCAGAGUACAUAAAGUAUUUGCGCAAGUUUCUAAAUGCAAUGGAGAAACUCUCACUCACAAAGCAGACAAACAAACAACUCACUCAAAAUCCUAGUAUUACUGAAUCUAGACAUAACAAAUGCUUAAGAUUUGGUAAAAAAUAGGUUGAUGUUUUAUGAGGUUUUUGCAUGCAGGGAAUCACAGCCAAGGUUUAAUUGGUUGUUGAACAAAAUGACAGUAGUACCUUGCUGUGCUACUUUGAUUCACUAUUAUGCAGAUAAUCAAUUGAUUGAUUAGAUUUAAAUCCAAAAAAAUGAUGUCAUGUCUUUAGAUCCAAAUCCUGUUACCAUAUUUAGGUGGAGAACUGUUUGCUUGGUUAAUAUAAUUUAAACUUUUGAUUUUGGUUAAAAA